GGGGCCUAUCGCGAGAGCCGAGGGUGGGCGUUUUCCUCCGGGCACCGGCUGUCAGCGGUCAGUCCGUCCGCGAGGUUGGGGAUAAGAUGUCGCUGGGAGCGUCUCGCUGGCUGGUGGCGGCGACGGCCGCGCGGAGCGGUGCCCUCGGGCUUGGGCCCGCCGCGCGGAAAGCCGGGAGCGGCCUGGGGCAGGGCCCGGUCCCUUCGCGAUCGCUCAUCGCUACCCGCAGCGGAGCCAUCUUACCCAAGCCGGCUAAAAUGUCCUUCGGCCUCCUCCGGGUCUUCUCCAUUGUGAUUCCCUUCCUCUAUGUCGGGACCCUCAUUAGCAAGAAUUUUGCCGCCCUCUUGGAGGAGCACGACAUUUUUGUUCCAGAGGAUGACGACGACGACGAUUAGUGGGAUGCCCCGACCCCCCCGAGGCCCCAGCCGGCCCCUCCUGACGCCGAAGCCUCCGUAGCAAUCACGCUCUUUCUCCGGAAGCAGAGGGGCAGGGCGCCCGCCCUCGGCCCUCACCUCCCUGACCGGCAUCCCCGCAUGGCCCAGUGGACGUGGCGUGCGUCCGUAGCCUCGUCAGCCCGAGCUCCCGUGCCCUCUGUGAAGGCCAGGCUGCGGCCCCAGAGCACUGAACUAGGAAUAAAUAGCACUUUGUGACCCAG